AAGCAUGUUUACAAUAUGGUUUCGAUCUUCUAACUACUACGUCUAACAGUAAUACAUGAUGAUGAAUAUCUUAUAUUCCAGCCAAAGAUCCAGAUGGCCCUAAGACAUUCUUGUCGUAUACGAAACAAUAUGUAACAUGCCCUUUCCAAAUCUGAACGCCCCGAAUUCUCCCGAUGAUAAAUUCUUGGAAUAUAUAGAAGUAGAAACAUGAUGUGACAUGCUCUUUUUUUUCUUUUUAAUUGAAAUAUUAUAUUAUAUUAAAUUGCACUUAACAUGGCUUACUUGGACCCUCAGACAAUUGCUCACGCCCCUUUGGAAGAAAAUUUGGGGGCUUUAAGUUCCAAACAAAGUCAAGCACCUGGCUUGGAAGGCUUGUAAGGAUUCAUUGCCAACAAAGACUAAUCUAGUUCACAGAAAGGUCAUUAUUGAGGGCUGCUGUGAUGCUUGUAAAUUGCACCAGGAGGAUGUGGUUCAUGCUUUGUUCCGUUGCCCAGCCUUGCAAUCCGUUUGGAGGUAAUAAGGAACCCGACCUCUUUGUUGCUGUGCUAUGGACUCUAUGGAAUAGAAGGAAUAAUUUGCGCUUGGGCAAGCCUACACUCUCACUCGGUCAGGUGGUGGAUUUUGCUCAAGACCGAAUCUUGGAGAGAGCUUCUUGCAACGCUGCUUUUCAACAACCACAACCCCACCAGCAAAUACCAUUACCCGGUUCAGUGAUAGAGGUGGAAGUCUUGGCUGCGCGGAAAGCAUUGGAGCUUACAAUUGAGCUUGGCUUUGACAACAUCACUCUUGAGGGAGACUCUGAAGUUUUGAUUAACUCCUUAGCAAAGGGCGGCAAUUCUCUGGCUCACUAUGGUCAUUUACUUGCAGACACUCAUGUCCUCAUGAUUCGAUUUUCAUCGCUUAGUUUAUCUCAUGUUAAAAGAAAUUGUAAUAGUCUAGCACAUGCCUUAGCACGCCGUGCAUCUUCUACCCCUGAUUUGUCAAUCUGGAUGGAAGAAAUACCACCAGAUCUUAACUCUGUAUACAUGGCUGAUUUGAGUGGCCUAGUUAAUAAUAUUUACUGUCUUGAUUCUCAAAAAAAGAAACAUAAUGUAACACAGUCUUUUUCCUUUUUAAUAGAAAUAUUAAAUUACAUUUAG